AUGAGCAAGUGCACCAAGCAAAUGGUUGAAGAUUUGCAACUUACAGAGGCUGCAAGGAGUCAAGGAUUUCCCUUUCUGUGCUCCAAGGCACUUGAUCCCAUGGGGUUGCAACUAUGCUAUGUUAUCAAUCCGGGCACAUUUAGGAUCAUUCAGCUCUCCAACUUGAUUGUACCCAUAACAAGCCAGGAGCAGAUCAACAGCAGCCCCUCACAAUGCUCCAACGCAGCACCACUUCAAUCUCCUCCCCCAUCCCCUAGACCUGCCAAGCGUUCCCAUCCUCUAGGACAAGUGAAUCCAAUCAGUUUGUCCAACAUCUAUGCAGCACUUGUUUGCCCCAGGUCCUUUGAAGCUUUUUCCUCACAAUUGCUUGAUUAUCAGGCCAAAGCCAGCCAGCAGCAAAAAACAGCCAUUCAAGCUUCAGUACUGGACGCAAAUUGUGGAUGUGAUGAAUGA